AUGUCCUUGGCUGGACACGCUGUGAUGCACAACACCUAUAUGGACUCAGCCGGUGGCCGUGCGCCAGCUUCAGGCGUACAUCCCGGCAUGUUCAGACCGCCGACAUCUCCAUCGAUGGCCGACUCGACAUAUCAAGACCAAAGCGCCGUCGCCUCCGGCACCGACUCGUACUUUGCGAACCCCACCCCGAAGCGCAAACGCAAUGCAAAUGCGAGCAUAGACCUGUCUAGUCAUUGGGGCUUGGGGAUUGACACGGGAGCUAGACCAGUUCCAGCUGUCUCGCAGGUACAAAUAGGGAGACGAAAGAUCAGCAGAGGAAAUUCUCGCUACACCCUAGCCGGCGAGAUUGCGACACCGGGACCCGAAGUGGAGAAGAGGCUCUCCCAGUCCAUGGACGACAGCAUAUACUCGGAUGCGGACUACCGGCGAGACGGAGGCUCAAGGCGAUCUCAGGAGGAGGCAGAAGAUGACGAGGAUGACGUGUUUGCAACGCCCUUGUCGCAGUAUACAACCGCCGAGUCCCGGCCAGAAGCGCCUCCGACGCGCUCAGAUGGAUGGGGAAGCUUCGCGUUUAGUGCGCUGGGCGGCGUUGUUGGCAAGGUCUGGGAGUUCUGUAAGGGUGGUGCAUUCCGUGGCUUCCAUGCCGGUGGUGGCCAGGGAUUCCAGAUUUCAACACCAACGUUAUCGGCGCCCAAGGGCGAGGUCUGGUGCAAUGAGCACGACGUCCCGACGCUGCCGAAAUAUAGCGUGGGAAGUACGCCCGGCGCCUUUCCUGACACGAACUACAUGCACGAGCCUUUCUACCGAGCCGACACGCCGGACUCGACACCGCGACCGGCGGCUAAGCGGCGCCAAAUCAGCGGCACGAUUCCAGGAGAAGAGCUGCGCAGGAACUGGGUCAUGGUGAGCGAAGACGAGAGCAACAGAAGACAUUCGACACAGCCCAAGCCAUCACCUGCCGUCCAGUCGCCAUACCGCCCGUCCAUCGGCGGACGCCGCAUCAGCCGGCCAGUCAGUCGCAUACAGACCCCAACGCACCCGCGAAGACAGUCUAGCAGAGCCAGUCUUGGCGGCGGUGCCGCAGCGGCGUCGACAGCAAGUUUCGCAUCAACACGAUCACCCGUAUUGGACCAGCCGCCGAGCAGGAUCCCUGUGCGCAGCCAAUCGCCGCUGCUUUCGCCGAAUCGCGCAUCCGCACAGCAGGCGCAGUUUCCCCGGAUUCCUAGCCCGAAUCCGUACUCGUCUCACGGCCAUCGGAGGUCAGGCAGCGCGGUGUCGCUGUCGGCCAUGUCUGCUGCGCCUGGCCGGGCCAAGAAGCGCGAGUCCAUGAGCGAGGUCAGCGAGAACAGCCCGCGGCUGGACAAGCAGGCGCGUAAGCUCGCGGCGAAGCGGCAGCAGGAGGAGAGACAGACGGACAUUCGAAUUAACGAUUUCAAUGCCCGGCUGCAGGAAAUGAUUCGGCAGGGCAAGGAGGCACUGGGCACCACGAUCGAGGUCGACUUGGAUGAUGACGGGGAUGUUGGAGGCUGGGAGGACGACUAG